AUGCCCCCGCGCACCAAGACGGCGACCGCCUCCAAGGUGGCGACGACGGCCAAGGCGAGCGCCGCUUCGGCCACGCCCCCCACCGACAUCUCUUUUCAACCGUCGCCCGCCCUCUCCCACAUGGACAACCAGCUUCGGCGCAUCGCGGCGUCCCAGCGCACCCCGUUUGAAAAGAGCGUCUGGUCGCUGCUCUGCCAGAUCCCGGCGGGCCAUGUCACGACCUACGCCCUCAUGGCCGCCCAUCUGCGCUCGUCCCCGCGCGCCGUCGGCAACGCCCUGCGGCGCAACCCGUUUGCGCCCGACGUGCCGUGCCACCGGUGUGUCGCGACGGGCGGUGGCCUGGGCGGGUUCAAGGGCGUGGGCCCGCCGAAGAAGACGGUGUCCACAAACAAGGUGGACAAGAAGACGGGGCGGCCGGUGGUGGUGAUGGGCCACGAGGGCAUUACGCUGACCGAGAAGCGGACCCUGCUCCGGAAAGAGGGCGUGCGGUUUGACGACCGCGGCCGUGUGCUCGGGACGCCCUUUGAAGCUUUUGUGUAG